AUGUCUCGAUAUUCCAUAUCUUCUUCCGCUCCAUAUUGCCUCUCGGAAAUUAUAAACCUCUGUCCUGAAGAAGAGAGGCAUUGUGCCGGUUAUGCACCUUCACAGAAGCGUCGAUGCCACAACCCCAUCAACGCGGGGAAUUGUCGCAUGGCCUCUAAUCUCCUUAGCCGAGGCACCGAGAGACUUUCUUCACGGAGUUCUAUAGAUGACUUACUCGAAAACCUAGCCCCUCUGGUCCUUUGUUGGAGACAUGGGAAUCAGGCCGAUGGCUUGGUUGAUACUUGGCGCAGGCAGGUCCGCGACUUUCAGACUACCCGGACUACACGACUUGAGUCGUUGGAUACAGCUAUUUUAAAAGAGGAAAUUAUACCGAACCUGCGCCGGGAAGUCAACCAGGAAAUCGAGGAGCUCAGAGACGGCAUCAGAGAAGAGCUCAGACGACUCCAGGCUCAUGCGGCUUUCUCGCUUCCAUCGCAAGCUGCCGUGCGUGGGGACUCCCCGAGGAUACCCGCAAGACUUAGUACCGGCACAAGGAUGACAACCGGUGCACCAAGCACGCCAUCGAGGAGGUUGGCCGGGGCCCCAGCACCGACGUUACGGAGGUCCACGCCAAAUAGAGUGGAAUCGGGAAAUACCGUUCGUCCUAGUGCGAUCGAAGCGUCAACAACAGAUUCAACCGGAUCAGUUCGCUUUUCCCAGCGCACAACUACUCGUCAGUGUGUGGAAGGCGUCUGCGGCAUUUGUAUACUGCCACUGUCGGAGUUGUCGGAGCCAGAACAUCGGGCGGCUGAUCACGACAAAUCUGACGCACAGAAUAACUCAGAAGAGGAAGAAGAGGAAGGUGAGGCAAAUCAAGAACAACCCUCUGGAAGUGGUUCUCGACAUGUUAGAGGUGCUAGGGAUUUGGUGUGGUGCAAGGCACAAUGCGGAAUCAACUUUCACAAGACCUGUAUGGAUAAAUGGAUUGCAACAACCGGCUCCCUCCGGGCAACAUGUCCAAACUGUAGGGCUAGUUGGCGGCCAUGA